GCACAACCAACACAUCGUACCUUCCAUUGUUGCCUCGGUUAUAGGUGGCCCCGCGUCUGCCGACUCACCACAACUUCACAUUUCUCAAACCUGCCUCCGUUCCGGUUUGCCCCCAUAAUACAUCGCUUUCGAUUUUCCAACAUGGCGUGGCAGUCCUACUUGCCAGACGACCGCGUCAAAUGGACCUCAGGCUGGGAAUCGCACCCCAUCUGGCCGCAUGAACCAGACGUCUCGGUCAUCAAGAACUUGAUCUGGUCCAAGUAUGCGCAGCCGACUUUCGCAAACUCUCUCAAAGAGCAGAUCGAGGUUGAGUUUCUCGCCGACGGGGCGCAUCACAAUGUUUACAACGUCAGCCAUCCUGCCUGGUCGGCACCCCUCGUUUUUCGGGUCGCCGUUCCGGUCGACCCGACCCUCAAGAUGGAAAGCGAGAUGGCCUCACUUCGUUUCCUUAGCGAGUGCACCACAGUCCCUGUCCCGAAGUGCGUGGCCUGGGGCCUUGCUGCCGAUACCGAGCUAGGCUACGACUGGUGCCUCAUGGAGAAGCUCCCGGGUGUUGAGCUGAGAAGCGUCUGGCGGAAGAUGCCCUGGGAAAAGAAGCUGGAGUUUGCCGAUAAGCUCGCCGGCGCUCUGUCGCAGCUAUGGAAACCCGAUAACAUGUUCGAUCAAAUCGGUUCCAUCUACGUCCUUGAACAGGCCACCGGCAGCCCCACAGCCGCCGAUGACACGACGGCCGGGGACAUGGCUAGCACCUGCUACGUCGUCGGACCGGCCGUGGACAAUUGCUUCUUUGCAGGCCGGCGCCGCUAUCUGCAGUCCCAUCGCGGGCCUUUCCCAUCGUGCCGUGACUGGAUCCAUAACCUCAUCGUGUUCGAAAGAGAAGUCAUCACGACAACCAAAACUCUGCUAGACCACAAGGAAGAUAUGACGGCUGCGCACCUGGCUAUGGAUUGGGAAAGUCUGGUGGAAGACGAGCUGGAGAUCGAGGGCGAGGACGAGUUCCUCCAAGAAUACGACGAAGCGAUCGACACGGUGCAAGCUUACCGCAACCUGCUCCCUGAGCUCUUCCCCGACGAUCCGUCCGCGACGGGACAGCCCCGGUUCUCCCUCUUCCACCCAGACCUCCGAGACGCCAACAUUUUUGUCGACCCGGACACGUUCGAGAUGACGGGUAUUCUCGACUGGGAGUCGGCCAUGACCAUGCCCGACUGGUACGUCCGGGACUACCCACUGCUUUUCCAGGCGUCGGAACCCUUCGACGAGAGAAUACCUCGGAUCCCCGACACGUACGACGAGGAAGACGAGCGGUACAACGGUGCGUUGGUGUCCACCCGCGACCGGUGGGAGCUGCGCCUCCUCCGGCGCCGCUACGAUGAGGCGCUCGAGAAGCUGGGAUGGAAAGACUGGAGGGUGCGUUCGCAUAUGGUGGCGGCGCAGAACGUCUUCUUAGAAGGGUUAUCAGUCCUCAGCAGCGAUCUGGACAGCGCGAAGAGACGGUUUAGAUGGGUCCAAGAGGGCUUAGACGAGGAAAAGCAGGAACUGAAGGCCGGCGAGAAUCAAACCGAAUAGAAUUCUCAGAAUAUUUCCGGGAUACACGCCAACGGGCCUCGGUAUGCAAGGAGACUUUCGCAGUGCGGGCGAAUUGUGGCCCGGGUGUUGCUCACUGUCUAACGGGACGUUAACAGCUUGGCUAACUCUUCUUCAGCACUGUACACCUCGGACCUUCUCGACAUUCCGAUGGAGCGCUGCAAGGAAACCGGGGCGCGUGUUCA